CGAGGUGUGGUUUUUACUAAGUCAGAAAGAGCAUAUGUCAACCAAGCAGACACCUCAGUCCUCAUUGUUUUUCUGUUUUAAAGUUGACAGCUUACGCUGACUUUCUUUAUUAAAUGGACAGUGCUUUUGAUCACCUGGAUGCAGCUGGUUUCCUGGAAAUCUGGCAACACUUUGAUGCAGAUGAUAAUGGCUACAUUGAGGGCAAAGAGCUUGAUGACUUUUUCCGUCACAUGAUGAAGAGACUGGGUCCACAGGAGAAAGUGACUGAAGAGAGAGUCCAGAGACUGAAGCAAAGGUUUAUGUCCGCCUAUGAUGUCACAGCUGAUGGGAAACUACAGAUCCAGGAGUUGGCCAAUAUGAUCCUCCCAGAGGACGAGAACUUCCUGUUAGUUUUCCGCAGAGAAGCUCCUCUGGACAACAGUGUUGACUUCAUCAAGAUAUGGAGGAAGUACGAUGUUGACUCCAGCGGCUACAUAUCAGCUCAGGAGCUCAAGGCCUUCCUGAAAGACCUGUUCCAACAGCAUCACAAGGAAGUGUCAUCUGACAAGCUGGAGGAGUACACAGACACAAUGAUGAAAAUCUUUGACAAAAACAAGGACGGCUGUUUGGAUUUGAACGACUUGGCCAGGAUAUUGGCUUUAGAUGAGAAUUUCCUGCUCCAGUUCCAAAUGGAUGCCUGCAGUAAAGAGGAGCGAAAGAGAGACUUUGACAAGAUCUUUGACCAUUAUGAUGUUAGUAAGACAGGAGCACUGGAGGGUCCUGAGGUGGACGGCUUUGUCAAAGACAUGAUGGGGCUGGUCAGGCCCAACAUCACGGGCCCUGAGCUGGACAAGCUGCGAGUCGUUCUGUUACGUCACUGUGACGUCAACAAGGAUGGAAAGAUCCAGAGAAAUGAGCUAGCCCUGUGUCUGGGAGUCAAACCUAAAGCUUAGCUUAAGAGAGUUGUAUUAUGAAACACUUAAUCUGUAUUUGUUAUAUAGUCAAUAAUGGUAGAAUGUUGUGUUUUGAUCCAGAUCAGUCUGAUUACUAAGUUAUUUAAGGUCAGUAUUCAUAGAGUUAUUUGAUCCUGAAUAUGAUAGAAACAUAAUUUGAUACUGUGUGAUGAAAAACAAAUCAAAUGACUGUACAUCUUCUAUGACUUGAAAUGACAUGCAUGUUGCAUGCCAAAAGAAAAUAAUGGGAUCUGAAUGUUUUCUGGCUGAAAUGACAUGUUAUGAUAUGUGGUAAAUUAAUCAAUUUUUUAGUCGGUGGAUAUGUUAGCGUAGCUUUUGAAAACAUAGAAUGUUUUUCUUUGUAAUAUAAAGUUGUCUUCUUUUAGUUUGGUGCUCCAGUACAUUACUGACGUCUGGCCAUUUGCAUGUUUCUCUGUUUUCUUCACUGAGGAAAUAAAACGAUGAUGACAUGUGAAGACCAUA